AAAUUUGAAGAGAUUUUGUCAAGCUUGCAUUUUUUGCCCGAUUUUUUAUCGAAUCAAUUCAGUUUCAGUUCGAUUAUGCAGCAUACAUAAUGUUCCUAAGAUCCUAAAAUAUUACCAUAUAUAGAUCAUGAUUGAACCAACAAAACAACAUUCAAGUCACAACCAAAGAUGGCAAUUGCUGGAUACGUCAUCCCAGAUUCCAGUUUGUCUUGCUUGUGUCAUUGAAAUUGUGGAAGACUCUACCAUAGUGUUGCUCAAGAAGAAACCAGGCAUAGUGACCUUUCUUCGCCUGUUGACCAGUAAUGGUGAAGGAGUCAUUGAGUCCAUGAACCAUGACCCUAGAGUGGCUGCACACUUCACUAUGGCAUUUGUAGGUUUGCUGGAUGUGACAGAUGACAGUAUCAGUAAUGUUGCUGUAGAAGUUGUAUUACAACUAGUGCUUCAAGUUAAAUCUGAAGAUCUGGUUUGCUAUGUCCUAGAUGUUAUAACACAACAGUGUUUAAAGCUAUGCAACUUCAGCAAAAGUGUUUCCUACUUCAAUCUAGCGGGUAGAAUGUUAAGUAGCAUCGCACCCUUAGCAUCUCAAAUGGUUGAGAGUUAUGGAAGCUUCAUUGACUACAUCUACACUGGCCUCUCCUACCCUGAUGAGACCAUCCAGUCAUCCCUCUGUUUUAUUCUGGUCCAUAUUUACUCAAGUGAAUCCUUGGGGGCCAUUCCAAGUUCUCUACAUGCCAGAGGGGUGGAAGGUGUCAUGGUCAUACUUGGACAGGCACAGUCCCAGGAACUGUUACUGAAUGCCCUUGGUUUACUGAAGAAAAUGUUUGCAGUCCCUGGAGCAAUCCAUCAAUUAGUGAGCUACUCCAACAGUGGAACCACUCUGUCAUCAGUCAUCAAGAAACUCCUGUUGCUCAAAAAACCCACUUUGCAAAUUGCUGUCAUUCAAUGUCUCUGUGGCAUCGUGAGCUCUGAUAGAGGGCAGCACGCUACAGGGAUGUUGCUUCAGGGUGAUGUGGCUGAGUUUCUUUUCGAGGCUUUACCUACUACAAAUGAGCUACUACUGAGUUCUCUGUUCUGCUGUUUACUGCUAUUCACAGAAAGUGAUGUUUUCUUUCAAAAAUGUCAUGCUGUUUAUGGUUUGGAGUCUAUCCUCAGGGGAAUAGAACAAGCAGUGAAGCUGCAGAGUCAUCAGACCACACUCCAUGGGAUGAACCUACUCUCCAACAUACUGCACAAGCAGCCUAACACGGUACGUUUGUUCAGCAAUGUCAGCGUUCUAAAGCAAUGUCUUGGUAUCAUCUGUCAGGGUCUUCAAUGCAUCAGUCACCAUGUGUUCAUGACCAGUGUGGAGGCAUUCCAUAAUAUAUGCAAGAAAGAGUAUCUGACAACACAUGUUCCAUAUGAGAGCUUACUAAUGCUGUUGCAUCAUCUGGCUAUGGUGGUAUCCCAGAAUCCCCAACUCUCAACUACGUCAACUCGGUUUCACCAUGAAUCUGUAAAGCUUCGUAAAAAGAUUGCAGAAAAACAAAACGGAACGUCGACCAAAUCUGAAGAUCGUCUGUUUGGUUUGAUAUCAUCGAUUGAAAAAGUAUUGGAAGUUCAGAUUGAUGGUGGCAUUCUUGGUUCCUCUACUGAAUUGAUGAAUAAUGGUGGGAAAGAUGGAACCAUGAGUCAGCAAAAUUUUUGCAUUGAAGUUCUUCAAAUCUGUGAUGAAGUUUGCAUCCCAGUUACUAUGAUGAACUUGAAAUUGGUUAGAAAUGUCAAGAUUUUUCAAGGUCUUUACAAUAGCCUGCUGCAUCUGCAAAGCAUUAUGGGAAACAACAGAGAGCUGUAUUUGAAACUAGUGUCAUGUGGCUUCAUUGAAUUUUCUCUGCAAGUCAAAUAUCUUCACAGUUGUGAUGAGUUACACCAAAGUGUGGAUACCUUCCUCUUGAAGGUCUGUCUUACUCUCCUUGAUGAUGGGUAUACACAAAAUAACAGCUCCCUGACAAAAGAGACACCAAUGGCUUCUGAACUUACAGAUCUUCUACAAAAUGGCUUGCCCAUUGUCAAAGGGUCUUUCAGGGAGACAUUGUGUUUGCUGUGUCAGCAGGUAGAUCACAAUGAAGCCAAUGGGGACCAGGUAUUCUCGUCAGCUCAAUACAGCCUCAUCACAUUAUUAUAUGUAGCUGUGUAUUAUGGAGACAGCUUGGAGCUGAUGGACCACCUACUUGCAGCCUUAGACACAUUUAUCUGUCUCCACCCACAACUCUUCCACCUACCUGCUAUUGUUCUGCAGUAUCUCUUGGUUUUGUAUUCUACUUGUUGCUGCUCAUGUGAAGCUGAGGAAACGUCUCAGUAUCACUCCAAAGCAAGAGAUAUAGUUCUUGGAUGUUUGGAUGAUGAUCCAACUCUGCUAGGAGAGUGGUGCAGUUGGCAUGUAUCUCUGUUGCAUUGGGCAUUCCAGUCUCCAGUCAGUAGCCAAACUAUAGGCAAACGUAUGCUUCAUAUUUGGAUGUGUUCUUCUUGUGGCAACAAUAGAGAGGAUCUCCUGAGAUUGGCCUUUGUUAACCCACUUUGCCUUCUUCAGAUUCUGGAGUUGGUGUCUGAGUCCCAUGGGAAAAGAAUGGAUGGUGUAGAAGUCCUCAGUGAAAUAUCUAACCAGGCUGUAUCAACAGGCUGUAGAUCUGUGGCAGACACUAUAAGAGAGUGGGUUCCUGACAUCCUCAUGAAAAUCUUCCUUCAUGAUACCCUCUCUAGGCAAGGAUUGAUCAAGUUACUCCAGAUGUACUGCAGUCUGCAGUCUAUGUGCCCUGUGGCAGAGGAUACCAUAGCCAACCAGAUACCACCAUCCAGCACAUCCACUGCACCCAUUGCAUCUUCCCACACAACAUCUGCACCAAACAGUGCUAAUCAGCCAAUUACACACAUCAUACCAUUUAAACUCAUCUACCAUGUGAUUAAACUACUACAUAAGGAAAUCAAUGUGUUAGGAACCAAACUUCAGGAAGAUGAUGAACUUAAACAGAAUAAUGAUAGAAGGAUGAAUGCAAGUGAGGCUCAUGAAGAUGUCAGUGAAAAUCCAAGGCCACUUCGAGGUGCUAUGGAUAGUGAAUCUGGAGGCACAGUUAAAACAAGGGCCAAUGACUGUGGUGACUUAGAUUUGGUUGUGUGUUGUAUAGAAACCAUCAACUAUGCACUGGUUCAAGAGCAUUCUUCUAAGGAAACUCAAGUGUCUUCUAUUUUGCUGUCUAACACCCAGUUGAUGGUGUCACUUGGGAAUCUCUUGCAAAGUGGAAGGCUAGCUGUCUGUAGGUGUGUGUAUGAGCUCAUCACUGGCCUCAUCAUAUCUGCUCACUAUGCCCAAAUACAGAUGGAACCUUUAGUAAACAUAGAAACCAACCAGGCAGUGACUCUGGUGAAGUCAAGUAACAUCUCAGAGCAGCUGACCAUACUUGCUUUCUGGAUGGCAUAUUUCAACACAACUACAUCAGAUAUGGUGAAGUUUUACACUCACCCUGAUGCCAGGAGACUGAGUGAAUCAGAGAGUGAGUGCCUGGGUAUUGGGAGUCUAGAUUUGAGAAGAUUGGUCAUCUACUUACAACAUUGCAUCUUACAGGGUAGUGGAAGAGUUCAGCAUCUGGCAGUGGACUGUUAUAGAAGUCUUCUCAACUACACUGAGACAAGAAGUGCUCAUCUUGCAAAUCAUUUACUCAAUCAACCAUGGAAUCAUCUGAUACUCCAAGCAACAUUAGACAAAACAACCUAUGAUGAAGAACAAUCAAUUAACGAUGGAGGAGAAACACCUAACAAGGAUAAGCAUUCAUCCAUAGCAACAAAACUCAUCUCUAUGUUUCUAGCAAGUGGAUGAGAACCAUGUACAUUAUAGUGUACACCUCGGGAAUGAUCUACAAAGAUGGGAUGCUUUGAUUUAUUGGAUCUUCAAAACAUAAUAAGUUUGGCCCAUACAAUAUAAAGGAAGCAAUGGACUGCAAGGGCAAAGACUCACAAUCUGUUGUUACAAUUCCCAAAAUUGGAGACUCAGUACAGGGAUAUUUGUGAUUAGAAAAUGGUGAAAAAAUGAUAUUGAACUUUAUUGUAUUG